AGCUAACCAACGUUCCCUUCAUUAAUAAAUCUUGACGUACAGAUAAUAUUUAAAACAAGAAGAAGCAGUGAAGUGUACAUUUUAUUUGAGAAAACAGACUACUUUGAAAAUCUUAGAAAGCCCAGAACUUAUAGGGCUGUUUUUUGUGUUGGCCAAAGAGCUUUCCAGAUAGCUUUCGGAAUGUGAACGUUAGCUACAUUCAUGCUAAUUUUAGCUCUUAGCAAUCAUUUGGCAACGAUAUUCGAUAACAGCCGAGCAAAUAUCCUCCAGCUGAUAUUCCCCGAGAGGUCAAAAUGGCAGAGCUAACAACUCUAGAGAGCCUGUUGGAGAUGGGCUUUGACAGAAACAGAGCGGAGAAAGCCGUGGUCAAUACUGGAAACCAGGGAAUAGAGCAAGCAAUGGACUGGUUAAUGGAACAUGAGAAUGACCCCGACAUCGAUGAACCCUAUGUGCCCCCUGCGGGGAAUGUUCUGGGAGGGGAAGCCGACAGCCAGUCGGGUGAAGACCAGCCACCAUUAGCAAACACAGCUGAAGGAGCAGCAGAUGGAGACUGCAGCCUCAUAGAGGAAGCUUUAAAGCAUCCAAUGACAGAGGAGGAGAGACGUGAACAAGUCAAAAGGCUGGAGGAGCUGAUGCGGAUAAAGCAGGCCGAGAGGAGAGAGCGCGAGCGAGCAGAAGAGGUGGAGCGGGAGAAGCAGCGGAGGAGACAGGGCCAGGAGCUGCAGCAGAUCCGCCAAAAAAUACAGGACGACGACAUGAAAAAAAUAGCUGAUCAGCGCAGGAGAGAGAAGAUGGAGGACAAGCUGGCCAGACAACGAGUGAAAGAUAAGAUAGCACGAGACAGAGAGGAGAGGGCACAAAAGCCCACCCCGCCCAGUCCCUCAUCACCAACCGGCCAGGGCCCUCCCCCCUCUAAGAAGGAGUACGAUGAGUCCAGGAUACAGGUCCGUCUGCUGGAUGGCACGACCAUCAACACCGUCUUCAAGGCUCAAGAGCCGCUGGCCGCAGUGCGCGUGUACGUGCAGGUGAACGGCAACACGCCGGAGGGUCAGGACUUCACGCUGCUGUCGCCCUACCCCCGCCACGUCUACACUGAAAUGGACAUGGAGAAGCCCCUCAAAGAGCUGGGUGAGUUGCAGGGAGGUUGUGCUCUGUGGAAAGUGUACAGUAAAAGUGGGUUUGGUGCCUUCAGCUGUGCUGGUUGUGACCAAAAAGUAAGAACAGGAGGGUCUGCCCUGGGAGCCUACCUCACCACCACAUCAACACCAGAGACACCAGAACCAGACUGGUCCAGGAUCAGAGUCGCCAUCUGCUAGUAUCAGUCAACAGGCCAGCUACUGGAACUAAAGCAGAGCCGCUGCAUGCCCAACCUAUAGCUGCUCUUAGAACGCCAAAGUGGGGAAAGGUCUCAAGGCUUGACGGCUGAAGCGUACGCUGAGCUGGACAUUAACUGUGAGCGAUCAAAGAGCACAUAGCUGGCUUCUGACUGAUACUCCUUCAAGGAGCACGGCCCAUGUUUUCACGUUUGAAAGAAAACACAGAGCAAAACGUUCAGUUUGAACCCGAUCCUGACAGUGACCUACUCAAGUGGUGCGGAAAGGGCCUUAAGUCCAAUCCUCAUGAUGUUCCCCAUUUUGUGAUGGUAGAAUUUUGUGAUUCUACCUUCCAUUUUAAUUUUCUUUUUUUUAAUGCUCAGAUAUAUUGACAGUUACAGUAUGCCAACAGUCACCAAGAGAACACUUACAAUAAAAGUGAUGUAAAGAAUAGAUUUGAUGGGC